GGACUACUAAAUUUUGUGGGCUAUGAUCGCAACAACCACAUCCAUCGGAUUUUCAAAUGCUUUAUCCUUUUUUGCCUCUUCAAACAAAAGAUAAAUCACCACCAUGGCUUCUCCAUCACUAAAAAUAAAGCUUCGAUUAUCAGGACCAAAGCAAACAGAGUCACAACCUGCCUCACCUGCAUUAGUAGUCAAAACACCUACAAGGGAUGAGGACACACCCUCAGUCGAGAGUCCUCGUAAAAGAGCUAAAGCAGGUAGUGGAAGCAGUCGUAAUCGAAGAUCUAAAACUACAGAGGGAACACCUCUACCAGACACACCACUAAUAGCAGAUGACGAUUCAACAAGUGUAGCAGCGGACGAAGCUUCUACCACAGGACGAAGAGGGGCAGGAGGAGGCAUGCAAGGCGGUGCCAGCGCUAGUACAACGAUCACAAAGAAGGAACUCUUGAAGCAUAAGGAUAUCAAAGUCAGAAAAUGGACAUGCAAACCACUAGCGUUUUAUACACUAGGCGGCGGCUUGGUUGAAGUUCCUAAUUGGAGCACAGACGAAAAAAUGAACCUUAAUGAAACAACAACAGAACCUAUUACCGCAGCUGAGAUAGAUCAACUCUUCUCGUCAACAGCAGCAGAAAAAGACUUUCGCCCAUUCUUAUGCACACAGCCCGGAUGUUCAAAGGCAUUCACUUCUUAUGAUCAGCUUCAGACGCAUGAGACAAACAUGCAUGGAACCAAGAAACUGGUCUGUGGCAUUGAUGGCUGUCAUAAGAGUUUUGUGACAUCAGGGCAAUUGACAAAGCACCGCAAGAUGGUACAUUUCCGUGCAGCUAGAAAGGCCAAACUGGCGGCGGCAGCAGCAGCAGCAGCAGCGACAGCGCCUGAUACACCAACAGAUUCAACGGUAAAUGGAACAGAUAAUAGAAAAGAAGACGAUGAAGAUGAGGAUGUAUCCACUCCAACCACUAGAGUAACAGAUGACAACGUCGAGGUUUAAGUAAACAUCGCGCAUAUAAAAAAUAAACUAUAAACUUUGUUACAGCUUCCUAUUCCUUAUAAUAGGGACAUUUUAAAAUGUUUUCUCUAUUUUAUUUUCUGUAUAUUUUGGUGAUGUUUGAUGCAUAGUGACUAUAGUAUCAUGGUGGAUUCCAUGUCAAUGGAUG